AGGAAAUUAGGAAAUGAAAAAAUAGUAACUUAAAUAAAUAUAAAAAUGUACUGCUUGAAAAAGAAUGUGUUUUUGCUGUUGUUGUUGAACAGAAGCACCACUAGCUCUUGGUAGGUCGGAGAGCACGCAGCCAAUCAGGAGCGUGUGUUUGUGUUGCCGAGAAAGUUAGCUGAACUCCACCUGAACUCCGCACAGCUUUAACAGCUUUCUGAGUCAUUAUUUGGCUUGCAGUUUGAAACAUGAAGGAAGACAAGGAAAAUGCGCGGCCCAGAGAGAAGAAAGUGGAGAUAAAAUGUAAAGAAAACGAGAAAAUAGAGAAGGCAAAUAAAGAGAAGAAGGAGGCCAUGACAAAGAUUGUGAUCCGACGCCUUCCUCCCAGCCUAACAAAAGAAGAGCUUGAGGAACAGUUACAACCCCUGCCAGAAGUGGAUUAUCUUGAGUUUUUCACCAGUGACACCAGCCUCUAUCCUCAUCUUUUUGCAAGAGCAUAUCUAAAUUUCAAGAACCAGGAGGACAUUGUUCUAUUUAGAGACCGAUUUGAUGGAUAUGUGUUUAUCGAUAAUCGAGGACAAGAAUAUCCUGCAGUUGUUGAGUUUGCACCAUUCCAGAAAGUUGCUAAAAAGAGGAGCAAGAAAAGGGAUUCCAAAAGUGGAACAAUUGAGGAAGAUGCAGAUUAUAAGAAGUUUUUGGAGAUCUACAAUGGUGAUGAGGAGAAGUUUACUUCAACCACUGAGACAUUAUUGGAAGAAAUAGAGGCCAAAACAAAGGAACUAGUUGCCAAGAAAACAACUCCACUUUUGGACUUCCUUAAGAAUAAACAGCGAUUAAGAGAGGAAAAAAAAGAGGAGAGGAGGAGGAGAGAACUAGAGCGUAAACGCCUGCGUGAUGAAGAACGGCGGAAGUGGAGAGAAGAGGACAGAAGGAAGCGCAAAGAAGCUGAGAAGUUAAAGAAAGCAGAAAAAGCACCUGACAAGGACAAGGACCAACUUAAGGAGGAGCAACCAAAAAUUAAACUCCUGAAGAAACUAGAGAAGCAAGAGAAUAGUGACAGUGAAAAGCCGAAAGAGAAAUCCAAGAAGCCAGAUCGAGAGAAACUGAAGGAUGACCGUGCUCCAGGGGGAGGGGACACAAAAAAGCGUCAAAAUGGCGAACACCGAGAGGAAAAGCCAAAAAAAUAUGAAGGAGAUGGGUGCAGGGAGCAUCGGGAUCGUGAAGGGGACAGAGAGAGAGACCGUGAUCGGGAGCGACGGCAGAAAGAAAAGGAGCGAAUCAAGAGGCAGGAUGAGGAGCGCCGGAAGCGAAGGGAGCGCUACGAUGGGGAAAACACCUACAAAAAAAGAGAGGAGGAGAACAAAAAGGAAAAGGAGUUUGUAUGGGAAAAGAAAAAGAACGAAAAUACUGGCGAAUCCACAGGUCAUAUUCAUGCUGACAAAUCUGAGAGGUAUUCUAAAGAUACUAAAAGGGAAGAAAAUGUGAAAAGGGAUCGUUUAAGGAACAAGGAUCGCCCUGCCAUUCAGCUAUACCAGCCAGGAGCUAGGAGCCGCAACAAAGGAGCUGUAGGAGAUGUCCAGGCUGCGGAUAAGAAGGCUGACAGGGAUGCCAAAAAUGCACAAGAGAAAGAGGAAGAGUAAAGAAAGACCACCACAUAAUGGUGAUGAGAGAAUUCUGGCCAAGUCAAGGCAGUUUAGCAGUGUGGCUAAAGCAAGAGGUUCCUGUCUUUCACAAGCUUUCUGUCAAAGGAACAGAAGUAGAUGCUGCCACCUUACAGUGCCUGAUGAAAGCCCCCUUUACUUUUUGUUUGCUUAUAGUAAAGCAGUGGGGUGAAAGAAGCCAAAGUUUUUGGGCCAUAUGCACUUCAAGUGACCUUACUCUCGGUACACAAUCAAACACAUUGUCCUCCAGAUCUUUUAAUUUCCUUGUAUUAAAGGUUACCAAUUCAA